AUUUAAUAAUGGAUAAAUAAUAAGGUUGCUUAUAUGAGCGUUUUGGUGGCGAUUAACAGGUUUCUGAGUUGAUUGAUUAAUUUUACUACAAGGUGUUGUUUGAUAAGCUUUUAAGAGACAAAUUUCUGAAAGCAGAUAUGAGUAGAGUCAGAUAUCAAUAAAAGCGAUUCUUCUCAUAAAUGAUGGGAGAUAAGAAAACUCAAUAUACUGGAAGGUAGGAUAUUAAAUAUGAUGAUUUUAGGGAUUUAAUUGAAGUGCAUAGAAAUCUAAAUAUCUCUGAUUAACAAUUUGAUAAAUUUAAGAUUCAUUUAAAAAGCAUAGCUUAAGAUAUGGAAGUGAGUGUAGAGGAUAUUGAAUAAUUAUUGGAACAUGUAGAGAGACAUAGAAAUGUUAUUGUAUUUAAUAAAUGAUGUUUUAAUAC